AUGAACUUCUUUCAACUCCUGAGGAAAAAGAAGGAACUUAUUCCUUUGGUGGUGUUUAUGACCAUGGCAGGGACCGGAGCAUCAUCUUUUGCUGUUUAUUCCCUUAGAAAAAGUGAUGUGAUCAUUAAUCGAAAAAGAAAUCCAGAACCUUGGCAAGAUGUGGAUCCGACUGUACCUCAAAAG